AUGGAGGAAAAUUCAAAACUGCUCUCAGUUUGCACAAUAGAAACUGAUGAGGAAUUUCUGAGCUCUUUGGACAGUGAAUCAUCAGAUGGUGACAUGGGCUAUGACUACAUCCCUCAGAAACUGACGGGAUCACAGCGUUUGGUUAGGUUCUUCGAGGCCCGAAAAUACAAACAGUCUGCUUGGACGUUGAUGUUGUGCUAUGCACUUGCAACAACAGCGGAGUUCGUGGCCGAUAAUGACUUUCGAGAAGCCAAGAUGGCAUCCAUGGGUCAAGUGGCACGAGCCAACUUUUGCAGCAUUGCAUUUUUCGCACAAGUAUUGAGUUUGCUGACAGCGGUGGUGCUGUCACUGGCAGCAGAAGGUAGUUUCUCCUUUAUGCGCCGUGUCCUAACGUUAAACCGUAUGUUUCAUUUUGGUUUGAUUGGCAUUAUCUUCUUAGCCUCAGAAGGAUUCUAUUUGGCAGCCGGGCAAGCUUCUGGGGCCAAACUCUGGUCCGUGGUGGUGCCGCACGUGGGCAUCCCUGUGGCCGCCUUUUUCAGCCAGUUGUACUUCAAAAGGCCCUACACUGCAAUGAUGUGGAUUUGCUUCCUAAUGAUGAUUUUUUCCUUGUGCACGUUUAUUGCUCUCCGUGAGAGAUAUCGAGAAUGCCCUGCAUUUUCUGACAUUCGAUGCGGAUCUAGAGAGGCGGCUCUUUGGAUAGAGUCGAACAUGAACGUGAGAAGCCUCAUCUACGGUUUUGUUGGCAUGAACCUGAAUGUCAUGGCAUCAAUUUUAAGUGAACGGCUUUUCCACACCUGGAAGGACAACUUUGCAGUGUUAAAGAUCAAUAUGGACCUUGCUGCAGCAAUUGCCGCUGGUAUUGCCUGGGCAUUGGUGAACCAUUCCAGUUCCACUGUGAAAAAGGAGUUCAAUGCCUUCGAGCGUUGGGGCAGCUGGCAAUUCCUUGACUAUGUCUACGUUGUCGUUUUGGUCGUCUGGACUUGGUUGCAAGGUUUGCUCAUCAUGAAGCAAAGUACAGUGUUGAAGACCAUGGUGUCCGAGAUCACACUCAUCACAGUGACUUGCAUCCUGGAUUUGUGUUCAAAGGACACGUACAACUUUGGUGUCAGAAUGGGACCAUCCCUCAUGCUGGUACUCAUCGUGUACAUGUCUUUCGUGCUAUACAGGACUGCAGAGGUUUACGAGGACGAGCGAAAGUACCAUGUGAAGGCUGUGGCUCCGUCCGUGGAGGAGUCAGAGGAGGAAAUCCAGGAAGAAAUGGAAGAAUGGUGGCAUUUUGAGAGCCCUUGGUGGGGAUGCUAUGACAAGAAGAUCAAAGGGGCUCCGAUUCUACCAGCAGAAGAGGACGAAGCCGGCGGAAGUGCAAUGGACACACAGAUGCUUGUCAUCUCCCUCGUCUAUGCUGUAACGGAUACGAGCCGGACGUUGCUGAAUUCUUAUGCGUUGUCCAGUUCACAGAUCAACCCGAACUCGAUGUCUUUCCUUUCGUUUCUGGUAGGACUCCUUUUUGCAUCUGCGAUGACCUGGCGCUCGCAUGGUCUGGGUUGCAACAAUGGAGAUGAGGAGUCGCAACAAAAGUCAACCAAAGGUCUGCUUCAAGCCUGGAAUCUCCGAAAGAUCGUUGACUACGGAAGCUCCUCCUUGCUGCAAGCAGUAACCAUGUGCCUUGGAAACAUGGCCUAUGCAUUCGGAUUAUCUCCACCGAUGGCAGCGGUUCUUGGCAAGGUUUAUACGCCAGUGCUCGCUGUUGGUGAGCGAGUUGUCCUCAAAAAGCGAAGGAAGGGUGUUGAGUGGAUUGCUGUGAUUAUACUCACGCUGGGCACGUUCUCUUUCCUCUACCUCCAGAUUUAUGACUUUGAGGAAGGGCUCGGGAAGGCGAUGAAGAAUCUCUUUCCCUUGAUUCUUUGUAUCGCAAGUGCCUGUACAUCUGCAUUUCAAGCGUUGGUGUCGCAAGGGAUCUACGAGGCCAAUAGAGACGUGGAUUUCUACAUGAACAAAGUCCGUUUCGAUGCUGGCAGUGCAGCAUUCACACUUCUGGUAGUGCCUUUGCUCAGCCUGACAGCAUCUCGCGCGAAAGACAUCGUGUGGCUACCGCGCACGGUAGAUGCAGAUUGCGAGGUGGAUCAUUGCUGGCCCAAGGUUACAUCUCUCUCAAAUGGAGGGUCCUUGCACUUCCCCUGGUCCAUGGAGAGCUCGAUGUUGACUUGCACCAGUGAUGUUUGCACAGGUCUGGAAGGAGCACGCCAGCGACUGCACUCGAAGGACCAUUACCAACAGCUGCAGCGUGCCUUCUCAAAUGGCGAUAUCCAAAAGCUGCAGAAGUGCUUUGCAAUUGUCCAGAACGACCCUGCAUUUGCUGAUUGCGAGCUGGUUCAGUCAGCCCAGAAAGCAUUGCGACAGGUUCUUCAUUCACGUAGAGUGAUGAAGAUGGGUCUUGAGUGCUUGAGAGUCACUCCUUGGGAAUAUCCUGCAGAACAAGUUGACUUCAACGUGAGUGUGCUUCGAAAUUCACAAUUGGGUCCUGGAAUUUGGGACGAUGCGCUUUUGGCAACUGCGAAGCUAAUGAAGGAUGCUGAUGUGCUGAAGCUUCUUCGAUCAGUGAGACCAUACAACGAAGAUGGAUCUCUGAAAACCCGGUUUGACAUGGAACGUUGCACAAAAGCGUGGCUGGCACAGACCGAAGCUUCGCUCAUAGCUGAAGAUGUUUCUGUCAAAAUCCUCUUGAGGCUAUGUGAAUGUGGCAGUGUUGGUGCGCCACUGGUCUCUGCGCUCAACGAACCCUUCAUGCUUUGGGGAUUUGCAAGUCCAGCGCGUGCAGCGUUUCGUUUGGAGGAAAUCUGGAAGCUGCUCUGGACGAACGGACAAAUCAACAAGGCCACGGACUUGAAGGUGUUGCCGGUGUCCCAAAAGGCGCAGCAAAACGAAGCUUCUGGAGCGGAAGGUGAAGGCCUUGACGGCCCCGAGAUGCUUUUCAAAGGGCCACAAGAAGUGCUGCAACGAGCGCGGAGCAUCCUGCAGAAUGCUUUGGGAGAGGCAGAGAUUCCAUUCUCAGAGACUGCAAGGACAACGAGGCUUACCACUGUGCUUCACACAGUACCUGGCAAUAUUCUCCUGCAGCUGGGUCGACAAGGAAUGUUGGCGCUUGCUGCCAAAUCCGUGAAACGAGGUCAAAGUUCACUCGCGGCGCUGCUCCAAAGCUGCGUUUCUGCCUUUGGCCUUCAGAUCAGCUGGCUCUCUGAAGCUGAUGACCUUCUGGCUCUGUGUCUCAAAGCAUCUGCUGCAGUGAAGGCUGCGCCCAAGCAGUUCAGAUACAGUCGACAGGAACAAUCCGAGAUGCGAAAGCUGAUCUCUGAGUGUGCCUCAAUCUUGGAAUCUCUAGAACCUGGGCAACUCGUGGUUGAGGCCAGUGAGGCUACAUGUGUUUGUGAAUGCCACAGUGGCCUUUUAGCUGGCUGGGGUUUGCAACCCGCUCUGUAUGGUUUCCUAGCCAUCAGUGCUUCUUGGCAUUUUGGUUGGCAUCAUCUAUGA